AUGGUGAAACAAGGAAGGAAGAUGAGGACACGCAAGACGGUAUCAGACUCAGAGACACCAGCAUUGAGGAAUCGAUCGCACAGCUCCAUCAACGGCGACGACGAUCUUGAUGUUGAUAUUGAUCCGCCUCCGACUGUUCCGGUUCAUCGCGUUACUCAAGGAUCAACACAUUCUGGUAUCACUUCGAUCGACACUCAUAGUCCUUACUUCUUGCAUUCAGCAGAUCAUCCAGGACUAGUUAUUGCGAAUCAAAAUCUUGAUGGAACAAACUACAAUAACUGGUACAUUGCGAUGCGGAUGAGUUUAGAUGCUAAGAACAAGAUUGGCUUUGUGGAUGGAUCAUUGGUUAGACCAGAUGCGAAUGAUCCUCUUUCCAAGAUUUGGAGUCGAUGCAACAGCAUGGUCAAAUCUUGGUUACUCAAUACUGUCAAUAGGGAGAUCUAUGAUAGUAUUUUGUAUUAUGAGGAUGUUGUUGAGAUGUGGAAUGACUUGUAUUCAAGGUUCAGGGUAAGCAAUCUUCCUCGAAAGUAUCAGCUAGAGCAGUUCAUUGCAACACUGAAGCAAGGGAACCUGGAUCUUUCAGCGUAUUAUACGAAGAAGAAAACUCUUUGGGAGCAGCUAUCCAACACGCGAAUCACCACUGCUCGUAGAUGCAACUGUGAUCAUGUUAAGGAACUUCUUGAAGAGGCAGAGACUAGCAGAAUCAUCUAG